AUGGAUUUCCAGGGGAUGUUCUGCUUCCCCUUGGUGCUCCUGGCUGGCUUUGUGCUCCUUGUGGCUUCAGCCCCAGCCACUCUGGAGCCUCUCGGCUGCAGCAACAAGGAGCAGCAGGUCACUGUCAGCCACACCUACAAGAUCGACGUGCCCAAGUCUGCCCUGGUCCAGGUGGAGGCUGAUCCUCAGUCCCUCAGUGAUGAUGGGGCAUCCCCCUUGGCCCUGGGGGAGGCCGGGGAGGAACAGAACAUCAUCUUCAGGCACAACAUCCACCUUCAGACACCGCAGGACUGUGAGCUGGCAGGCAGUGUCCAGAACCUCCUGGCUAGGGUGAAGAAGCUGGAGGAAGAGAUGGCAGAGAUGAAGGAUCAGUGUAGUGCCCAGAGCUGCUGCCAUGGAGCUGCCGAUCUGAGCCGCCACUGCAGCGGCCACGGGACCUUUUCCCUGGAGACCUGCAGCUGCCACUGCGAGCAGGGCUGGGAGGGCGCCGCCUGCGAGCAGCCCGCCUGCCCCGGGGCGUGCAGCGGCCACGGGCGCUGUGUGGACGGGCGCUGCCUGUGCCACGAGCCCUACGUGGGCGCCGACUGCAGCUACCCGGCCUGCCCCGAGAACUGCAGCGGGCACGGCGUGUGCGUGCACGGCGUCUGCCAGUGCCACGAGGACUUCACGUCGGAGGACUGCAGCGAGCGGCGCUGCCCCGGCGACUGCAGCGGCCACGGCUUCUGCGACACGGGCGAGUGUUACUGCGAGGAGGGCUUCACAGGCCUCGACUGCGCCCAGGUGGUGGCCCCCCAGGGCCUGCAGCUGCUCAGGAGCACAGAGGACUCCCUGCUGGUGAGCUGGGAGCCCUCCAGCGAGGCGGACCACUACCUCCUCAGCUACCACCCGCUCGGGAAGGAGCUCUCCGGGAAGCAGAUCCAGGUGCCCAAGGAGCAGCACAGCUAUGAGAUUCCCGGUUUGCUGCCUGGAACCAAGUACAUAGUCACCCUGCGCAACGUGAGGAAAGAAGUGUCCAGCAGCCCACAGCAUCUAUUAGCCACCACAGACCUUGCUGUGCUUGGCACCGCUUGGGUGACAGAGGAGACCGAGAACUCCCUCGAUGUGGAGUGGGAGAACCCCUCAACCGAGGUGGACUACUACAAGCUGCGGUAUGGCCCCAUGACAGGGCAGGAGGUGGCUGAGGUCACUGUGCCCAAGAGCAGUGACCCCAAGAGCCGAUAUGACAUCACUGGUCUGCAGCCCGGGACGGAGUAUAAGAUCACAGUGGUCCCCAUGCGAGGAGAGCUGGAGGGAAAGCCGAUUCUCCUGAAUGGCAGGACAGAAAUUGAUGGUCCAACCAAUGUGGUCACUGAUCGAGUGACAGAAGACACUGCAACUGUCUCUUGGAACCCGGUGCAGGCUGCCAUAGACAAGUACAUGGUGCGCUACACCUCCGCUGAUGGGGAGAGCAAGGAGACGGCAGUACACAAGGACCAGACCAGCACCAUGUUGACGGGCCUGAAGCCGGGAGAGGCAUACAAAGUCUACGUGUGGGCCGAGAGGGGCAACCAGGGGAGCAAGAAAGCUGACACCAAGGCCCUCACAGAAAUCGACAGCCCAACAAACCUGGUGACUGACCGGGUGACAGAGAGUACGGCCACUGUCUCCUGGGACCCGGUGCAGGCAGCCAUUGACAGGUAUGUGGUGCGCUACACCUCUGCGGACGACCAAGAGAUCAGACAGAUGCCGGUGGGGAAGGAGCAGAGCAGCGCCGUCCUGACGGGCCUGAGGCCGGGCGUGGAGUACACGGUGUCCCUGUGGGCCGAGAAGGGGGCCCGGGAGAGCAAGAAGGCCGACACCACAGCCCCGACAGACAUUGACAGCCCCCAAAACCUGGUGACUGAUUGGGUGACAGAGAAUACGGCCACUGUCUCCUGGGACCCGGUGCAGGCCGCCAUUGAUAGGUACGUGGUGCGCUACACCUCUGCCGAUGGAGAGACCAAGGAGGUUCCGGUGGGGAAGGAGCAGAGCAGCGCCGUCCUGACGGGCCUGAGGCCGGGCGUGGAGUACACGGUGUCCGUGUGGGCCCAGAAGGGGGCCCGGGAGAGCAAGAAGGCCGACACCAUGGCCCCGACAGACAUUGACAGCCCCCAAAACCUGGUGACUGAUCGGGUGACAGAGAAUACUGCCACUGUCUCCUGGGACCCGGUGCAGGCCGCCAUUGACAGAUACAUGGUGCGCUACACCUCUGCCGAUGGAGAGACCAAGGAGGUGCCGGUGGGGAAGGAGCAGAGCAGCACCGUCCUGACGGGCCUGAGGCCGGGCGUGGAGUACACGGUGUCCGUGUGGGCCCAGAAGGGGGCCCGGGAGAGCAAGAAGGCCGACACCACAGCCCCGACAGACAUUGACAGCCCCCAAAACUUGGUGACCAACCGGGUGACAGAGAAUAUGGCUACCAUCUCCUGGGACCCGGUGCAGGCCGCCAUUGACAGAUACAUGGUGCGCUACACCUCUGCCGAUGGAGAGACCAAGGAGGUGCCGGUGGGGAAGGAGCAGAGCAGCACCGUCCUGACGGGCCUGAGGCCGGGCGUGGAGUACACGGUGUCCCUGUGGGCCCAGAAGGGGGCCCGGGAGAGCAAGAAGGCCGACACCACAGCAUGGACAGAAAUUGACCCUCCCAAAAACCUUCGUCCAUCUGCUGUGACACAGUCCACUGGGGGAUUGACCUGGACACCCCCCUCUGCUGAGAUCGAUGGCUACGUUCUGACCUACCAGUUCCCAGAUGGCACGGUUAAGGAGAUGCAGCUGAGACGAGACCACCAGAGGUUUGAGUUGCAAGGCCUUGAGCAGGGCGUCACCUACCCUGUGUCCUUGGUUGCCUUUAAGGGUGAUCGCCAGAGCAGGAGCAUAUCCACUGCCCUUGCUACAGCUGGUGCCCGAUUUCCACACCCUUCGGAUUGCAGUCAGGUUCAGCAGAACAGCAACGCUGCCAGUGGCCUGUACACCAUCUACCUGCACGGUGACUCCAGCCAGCCCCUGCAGGUGUACUGUGACAUGGACACAGAUGGAGGCGGCUGGAUUGUCUUCCAGAGGCGGAACACCGGGCAGCUGGAUUUCUUCAAGCGCUGGCGGAGCUACGUGGAAGGCUUUGGAGACCCCAUGAAGGAGUUCUGGCUUGGACUUGACAAGCUGCACAAUCUCACCACUGGCACCCCUACCCGGUAUGAGGUGAGAGUGGACUUACAGACUGCCGAUGAGUCAGCCUACGCCGUGUACGAUCUCUUCCAAGUGGCCUCCAGCAAGGAGCGGUAUAAGCUGACAGUUGGGAAAUACAGAGGCACAGCAGGGGAUGCUCUUACUUACCACAAUGGAUGGAAAUUUACAACUUUUGACAGAGACAAUGAUAUUGCACUCAGCAACUGUGCCCUCACGCAUCAUGGUGGCUGGUGGUAUAAGAACUGCCACCUAGCCAACCCCAAUGGCAGAUACGGGGAGACCAAGCACAGUGAGGGGGUGAACUGGGAGCCGUGGAAAGGACACGAAUUUUCCAUUCCUUACGUGGAGUUGAAAAUCCGCCCUCAUGGCUACAGCAGAGAGCGUGUCCCGGGCAGAAAGAAGCGGACGCUGGGAGGAAAGACGAGGACAUUCUGAGGGCCCAUUUGAGCGAU